AUGGAAGCCAUGUUAGGGCAGUCAAGACGAGGUGUAAAUCCAAGAUCAGGACAGGUGACAAUACAGACACAACCUCCAUUAGCUGAACAUGGACAAAAUCCAAGAUCAGCUUCAAACCUUGUCUUCUUUGAGAAGACAGAAUGUGUGCAUUCUUUCAGUACUCAACUGGAAGAUGAUAGAGGAGUACGCAUGACUGGGCUAGCCGUAGAUAAGGAACACAUGUUUGUUGCGGAUUAUGUAAAUAACAGAACAAAAGUAUUCACACAUAAAGGACAAUAUAAGUUUGAUAUAAAACUAAACUAUCCAUGUGAUGUGGCUGUGUCACAGACCGGUCACCUGUAUAUAACAUCACAUGGUGACAGUUGUGUCCAAGUGUACUCCACCAGAGGUCAGCAGGUGACAACCAUGGGUCAGGGUCUACUGAAGUGGCCAUGGGGUAUAACACUGAACAGACAAGGUCAUGUGAUGGUUUGUGACAGUGUAAAGAAAUCCAUCUUCACAUUCCAUGCAGACAGUGGACAGCUCCUUAACACUAUUCCACUCAAUAUGUGUGUUUCCCCAGUGUACAUCACAGUGAACAGUUUGAAUUAUAACAUUGCGGUAGCAGACAGGUGGGGACACUGUGUACAUGUGCUGUCACCUACUGGUGAUCAUCUGUACCAGUAUGGCAGCUCAGAGAGUGAUGGUGUUCUCCUGAUGUUACCACGUGGAGUGUGCACAGACAAUUACGGACACAUAUUCUUUGCUGACAUGGGUAACCGGAGGAUAGUGGCACUGAGUCCACAGGGACAGUUUAUCAGAUACAUUGUCACUGAGGAUGAUGGGUUUGAGUAUCCUGUAGCAUUAACCAUCAACCCUGCUGGCCAACUGGUGGUGGGAGAUGAAAUAGGCAAAGUCGAAACAUUCAAGUACAUUCAACUGAAAGAAGGUGAGCAAAAUUUGUUUUUUGUGUAUUGUGAUUAA